AUGGCCUCGACAUGCUGGAUUGUCAUGACCCGCGAGCGUCGUGAGCAGGCAGACCUCGUCAAUGAGCUCCUCGGCGCCUUCCGAUCAGAAAAAUAUCCAUGGGAAUCUAACGCGGAAGUUAUCCGGGAGAUCGCCAAAGGAAUAGUGCAGCCGGCGGAAAGUCAAGAAAGCGGGCCCCUUCACAUCGACGUUAGCCCUGUCACGCUCAGCACUGGGCAGAAGAGAUAUCACGAACGAAUCGAGCGGAUGCGACGUGCCAAAGACGUGGAGGACUUGAAAGCCGCCACGGCAGCAGUCGUGCAACAAUGGGACGACUACAACGAUGCCGUCGCUAAAACCGCCCUUGCCAAAGCCAAGAGGACCCCAGCUUCGAAGUACACUGCUAACCUCAAGAAGCGCUCAGGGGAAGUCGACGAGCAAGUGGAGGUUCUGUUUGGCAUCACAAAGCGUCUGAGAAGGGAGGUGUUUACGAAAAACCACGCGGGAUAA